CCGGGCGCAACUGCAUUUGCCCAUCAUAUUGGGAAGGUGUCAUCACCUGUCAUACUUGAAACUAUGGCUAUUAAAAGCUGGCCAGUUGAGUUAACCAAUGAUAGCAGUGGUUUGGUAUUUAAGAAUGGCUGGGAAGACUUUUAUAAACAUCAUAGUUUGGAGACAGGUGAUUUUCUGAUAUUCAGAUACAACGGGAACAUGCACUUUAGCGUUCGUAUAUAUGGUAGAAGUUAUUGUGAGGAUAGUUAUAUUCUUACGGAUGAACAUCAGGGAGGUAUGAACCAUUUGGACAUGCCAGUUCACCUGCCAAGUCUCAGGCCACAAGGCGGUGAUGAUGAAGAUGAUUGUGUUGAGCUGUGCAGCACGUGCCGUGGAAGUGGCAUUGCGCGCGCAAGUGGUAAAAUUGUGAAGAAGCCAGACUCCAAGGCCUCGGUUGAUCGUAAAAAAUUUUUGCCAGGAUAUCCUUCUUUCAAAAUCGUUCUUAAGCGGGAAGGCGAACACGUUCAAAGGAAUGUGUAUGUUCCAACUUCAUUCGCAAGGAAAUACAUGGUCGGAGAACUGGAACCCAAACCCACUGAAAAGCGACCGGGACGUCGGGCAGUUAAAGUAACCCUUUGUAAUCAAAGUGAUCCGAGUGUUGAAGUUUGCAAUGCUCGACUGGUUGCAAGAACAACCAAAUACAAGGUGGAAGAUUAUAGGAUCUCUGGUGGUUGGCCAAAAUUUUGCAAGAAGAGCAGGCUAAGAUGUGGAGACACAUGCACUUUCGAACUCACUGGUGAAAGAUCAGGCUUUAAUGUUUAUGUUCAUCGGGGCAGACGCUAACAGAAAUACUUCUGGUUGAUUAUAUCGUUUAGUGUUCGAUGCGGUCCACCUCUGCAUAUAUCACGAUCGGUGUCUUUUAUGUUCCUGUGGUGUUGUUCGCCUUUCCUUCAAAGCUUGAAUGCGUUUUCGACAAGUCAAAGCAACAAGUUUGUC